AUGAGAGGUGGCUGCGUUGAAGUGGCUUGCGAUCUCGUUCAACGUGUGGGAUUGAACGGCGAUGUCUUGGACCCUGGCCUUGAUCUGCUCCGCAAUGCGAUCCUUAGCCUAUCUGCAGCGUUCUAUGGCAACCAGCAUCGUCAAAGAGUUAUCACCAAUCGCGGCUACAAAACAUAUGGCAAGGUUUUGGGACAGCUCAACGCGCACUUGGCGCAGCCAGAGUUGCAGAGUGCUAACGAAACGAUCAUGGCGGCGGUCACAUGCAUGAUACUCGAGAUCUUCGUUCCCACCGGACCAAACAAUUUCUUCAAACAUGUGCAAGGUGUUGAAGCGAUACUCGCUGCGCGUGGUCCCCCUACGUCUCCGCUCGGAGCGGACCCAGCGAUGCUUAGCGGUGUUCGGAUUCUCUGCAUAGUCGGUGCAUUGGUACAACGGCGACCAUCGAUAUGGGCAAGAGACGAGUGGAGGUACGUGCCACCACUUCAUACCGAUGAAGGCUCCCUCAUUCGGCAUGAGAUCCUGCUUGUCAUGGCAGACUGUACUGUUCUGAGGGAAGGGCUCAAGACAUCGUCCUGGAAAGAAGCUACCGGGGAGGACCGUUGUCGAACGGUGGCUCGUGCUCGUAAAUUCUUGAACCAGCUGGAUGGCCUCUACCUCCGCUGGUCGCAAUACAACGUCAGCAUGCUGAACGAAGAAGUAAUUCCAGGCCCUAAAGAGCCUGCCAUCGCGAAUCAUGCAUCGGCAACAACAUAUAUGCUCUACAACGCAGCGCUCAUUUGCGUUGUACGCAUCCUGAGCGCUUACAGCCCCUCAUCAGAGAGCCUUUCACUCCAAUCUCUUAAGAUGGCGGCCGCGCUGCGCAUUGUCAGAUGCCUGGAACUGAAAGCAUAUGACAAGCGCGAAGGUAGCGGCGAGUCGAAUACCAUCGGAUUCGUAGCUACGAAAGUCGCUUGGGAGACACUCGGUGGCUUCAACUCGCCUGCUGGAAGAAGGCUAUCGCGUGUAGUCAAGGCCUCAGCUAAUGGCGUCUUCGCCGUGGGCGCGUGGGAUGAGCCUGAAGAGCUACUCGAACUAACAGCAUCGUCCUAUGCAACUGGAAAAAUCCAGAGAAUAGUCCCCUUGGUACAAGAGCAAACAACGAUGGCAAGUUCAAACUACAAGGUAAUUGAGCUCAUCAAUGUCGGCGGAAAGAAUACGAUGAUGGACCCUGUACCAUCCCAGCUCCCGAGUGAAACUCCCUAA